AGCAAGUUAUGCUCCUUCAAGUUCAGAACUUACGAAGCAGGAAGAUGCAAUACUCUCUGCCUCAUGAUCUCCUCCUCACCAUCUUUCUCAUUUCUAGCAUUUUCUCUGCAAGUCAAGCAUGCAACCAAAAAGACCGCAACUAUCUCUUGUCCCUACCAUUUAAUACUUCUUCCCCUUCUUUAAAUUGGUCUGCCACUGAUUGUUGCAGUUGGGAAGGUAUUUCUUGUGAUCAUAAAGGUCGGGUCACUCAUAUUUGGUUACCCUCUAAAGGCCUCAGAGGGAGUGUACCUCCCUAUAUUGGAAACCUCACAAGUCUCUCCCACCUCAAUCUCUCCCACAAUGAACUUUCAGGUUGUCUCCCUGUGAGAUUCUUUUCCUCCUUCAAUCAACUCAAGGUCCUUGAUUUGAGCAACAACCAUCUAGCUGGAGAUAUAUCAUUCUUAUUUUCCUCUAAUGGCUCCUCUAACGGUUGGCCUUCCUCAAUCCGAGUAGUCGACAUCUCCAACAAUGACUUCAAUGGGAUCAUCCAAUAUUGGUUCCUCCAACGUGCACAGAAGUUGAACAAGCUCAAUGUAAGCCACAAUAGUUUCACAGGCUCUAUUCUCGACUCCCUCUGUAUGCAUUCUCCCUUUGUCAGGUUCCUUGAUUUCUCUUUUAAUCAUCAUGAUGGCCAAAUUCCUUACGGACUAGGGGGAUGUAGCAAACUAGAGAUUUUCCGGGCAGGUUUCAACUCGCUCUCAGGACUAAUUCCACAUGAUAUAUACAGUGCGACAAGGUUAGAAGAAAUCUCGUUACCUUCCAAUAAUCUUACGGGUCCCAUUAGCAAUGACAUUGUGAACCUUACCAAACUCACCUGCCUUGAGUUACAUGACAAUGAAUUGAGUGGCAAGCUCCCUGUAGAUAUUGGAAGGCUCAACAGAUUAAAGCAUCUACUCCUUGAUACCAACCACCUGACAGGUUCCCUGCCCCCAUCUUUGAUGAAUUGCACAAACCUGAUGACAUUGAACUUAGGGCUCAAUUUCUUUGAAGGAGAUAUUUCCACCCUUAAUUUCUCCCGUCUUCUUCAACUUGCUACACUCGACCUAUGGAAAAAUAACUUCACUGGUAGCUUUCCAGUAAGCCUUUCCUCAUGUAAGUCUCUAAGAGCAAUUCGAAUUGCCCGAAAUCAACUAGAGGGACAAAUCCCACCUGAGGUGGUUCAAUUAAAAUUCUUGUCUUUCCUUUCACUUAGCUACAAUAGGCUAACCAAUGUCACCGGGGCACUCAACAUUCUGAUGCGUUGCAAGAGUCUUAGCAUACUCCUCCUUACAAAGAAUUUUUUGCAUGAGGCCCUGCCAACAGAGGACAACAUGGUUGAUCCUGACGGAUUUCGGAAUCUCCAAUUCUUGUCUCUCGCUUGUUGUCAACUCACAGACAAUGAACUAUACGGAGAAAUACCAACAAGCACUCAGCUCCAAAGCUUUGAUGCUUCUGCAUACAAGGGCAACCCUGGACUUUGUGGUGCCCCACUUCCCAAGUGUGGCAAUCUUACAAGAGACAAGGACAUUCAUGAUGAGGAAGAUGGAGAUUCAAUCCCAUGGUUUCAUAUUAUUGUGGCGCUUGGCUUCAUUACAGGAUUUUGGGGAGUGUGUGGUCCUCUGGUAUUGUACCAUAAAUGGAGAGUCGCAUAUUUUUUAUUCCUAGACAAGUUAAAAGAUAGGCUCAAUGAGACAAUCGCAGCCAGUACUACUGUCUCUUGCUAGAUUGUGCAGAAGGAGCCAUAGUAUAUACAUGAUGUUCUUUGAGUAAUAAAUUGGGCUCUCUAGAGUUAGUCGUCAGUUUAGUUUCUGAUCAAGUUUCAACUUUUCAUCAAUUUAGCCGUUCUUAUACUCUAUAUCAAGUUCAAUAUGAUUCCCUUGCUCGGCUACAA